GGCCGGGUUUAAAGAGCGGAGCCGCGGCGGCAGCGGAGCACUUCGGUGCGGGGAGUGGCGGAACUAGAGUUCGUUCAGAUCAUCAUCAUAAUUGUGGUGAUAACUGUUAUGGUAGUAGUGAUCAUCUGCUUGUUGAACCAUUACAAAGUAUCAACACGGUCCUUCAUCAAUAGGCAGAGCCAAAGCAGGAGGCAAGAAGAAUCAUUACAACCAGAAGGGUGUUUGUGGCCUUCAGACAACUCUUCUGCACGCCAGGGAGCUUCAGAGAUCAUGUAUGCCCCACGGUCCAGAGACAGGUUUACUGCUCCAUCCUUUAUGCAGAGGGAACAUUUCAAUCGCUUCCAGCCAACGUAUCCAUACAUGCAGCAUGAGAUUGAUCUGCCUCCUACCAUCUCCCUCUCUGAUGGCGAAGAGCCGCCACCGUACCAAGGGCCAUGCACACUGCAGCUUCGGGACCCAGAACAACAGAUGGAACUCAACCGAGAAUCCGUCAGGGCACCACCCAACAGGACUAUAUUUGACAGCGACUUGAUAGACAUUUCAAUGUACAAUGGGGGCCCUUGCCCACCAAGCAGCAAUUCGGGCAUAAGUGCAACCAAUUAUAGCAGUAAUGGAAGGAUGGAAGGACCACCCCCGACUUACAGUGAGGUCAUGGGGCAUUAUCCCGGUUCCUCUUUUUUCCAUCACCAGCAAAGCAAUGCACCUCCUUCAUCACAGAGGGGAAGCAGACUUCAGUCUCAGCAGAACAAUUCAGAGAGCACAAUAGUCCCUGUUAAAGGCAAAGACAGGAAACCGGGUAACCUUGUCUAGGUUUCUUUUCCAUGAGCACUUGAAGAGAGACGGGAGAAUCAAAUGGGAGCAUGAUGGAAGUUUCAGUGCUCCUGUGCACAAAGUUGUUAAGUUUCAUGUAAUACAGUUUAGUAAAACCAAACACGUAAAACUGUUCUUAGUUUCUGAUUCCUGUCGGGGGAAUUGCAUGAAAAGCGGUUUGAAAUAAUUACAACCUUCCAUUCAGUUUGGCCACGAACAGUGUUUUUGGGAAAAUAUAUUUUUUUUAAUAAACUAUUUGAAUUAUUUAAUUCUAAGAGAGAACUUAGCACAGAAAUAUGGCGUGUACAGCCUGUUUUAUAUUAAGCGAAUGGCUAAAAGAAGAGAAAGAGUUACUAGGUUAAUGGGGGCAAAAUCGGCCAGUUUGCUUUCCCCUCCCCAGCCCUGAAUGUGGAAUUUUUUUAUGACUCAGCAUUUCUGUUUUGUGUGCCAAGGUAUAAAGUUUUUAAAAACCCACAAAAAACUAGAUGAAUUCAAGGGGUUAAUUUGUGUUGUGAUACAAGUGUGUUAAAUUUGCACUAUCUUUUAAUGUUUUAAAGGUAUAUAUAUGAGGGAACUGUUUAACAUGACAUUCUUCUGUUGUCUUUUCACCUGUGGAAUGACGAUUCCUGAGCAACCCUCUUCAGGACUUUGC